CUAGAUGUUGCAUGAAGACCUGAUGCCCUAACUGGUGUUACUGUAUCAGCUUGAGCACGUGCAAAUAUGAUGCGGCUGGUUUUAUUCUUGAGUCUUUUUGGUGAAUUAGCAAAUGCAGAUUUCAGUGUUAGUCUUAGGGUGAUGACUCUCAGCGAUCGGACGGAUCUGACAUGCUGUCAUUUGAACCAGUCUACGUGUAUUUUCUACGCUGAUUCAAGAAACAUUAGCCAACAAAAUUCCUCCUGCUGUAAACUUACCAUCAGUGGAGAGAAACUGGUACGGGGAAAAGCUGAAGGGAAGCAUCGAACGACAGUUAUCGUCCGCUGUGAGGGCGAAGAUUACAACAAAAGCCAAAAUGUCACCAUUACAGUGUGGAGGAUAUCUCUUUCUGGGAAAUACAUUCUUGUUUUACUGCUUAUCCUGGGGUCGCUGAUUCUGCUCUCUUUGCUCUUGUCCAUCAUCAUAUGUAUUAUCUAUUUGAUCAAAAAACAAGGUAAUAGUGGAAAGUUUUAUCCAGUGAGUUACAGAACUGAAGUAAUGGACACUGACAACCAAGAUGCAAAUUCUGGUACUGUUGAAGUACAGGAUGAGAAAACAGAGAUAACAGACGAUGAGCUAUUAUAUGCCACUGUGAAUCAUUCAGGUGCUGGUGAAAACUCUGCUCCUGUAGUGAAGUUUGAAUCAGGAACUGACUACGCCACAGUGGUCGUACACUGAACAACUGUUAACACUGAAUGAAUUUUUUAUACUCACUGAUUUAAGUCACCAAUGAUGAAAUAAAAUUUGUAUGUUUUA